AUUCGGUCCCUCUCGAUUCUUAUUGGCUGAAAAUUUUGUUGGUACUUUUUGUUUGUUUUUAAACAACAAUUUAAAUUUUUGUUUAUUGAUUUGAUUUAAUCAAUUAGAAAUGUCAUCUACUCCUGCUGCAGGUCGAGUUGCUGAAAUUUUUAAUUUUGCUGGUCAAGCUUUCAGUAAAUUGGGAGAAUUGACCAUGCAUCUGGAUGCAAGUGACGUCAAUAUCAAUGGACAAAAAUGGGAAGAAGAUGAUGUUGAAAUGUUCCGAUUGACAGUUAAGAAAUUUUCUGAAGAACUGAACAAAAUUUCAGAUAAUAUCUCCAAACCUCAGCGAUCAGCCAAGAAGACGAGUUAAUAUGGUUUGGAAAAACCUCCUUUUUGUAUCUCUUUUUUUGUAAUCCAAGAAAACGAGGAAAACAUAGUUACAAAAAUAAAACCAAUAUUCUUAUUGGAAAGGGAAAA